AUGUCUGGCCCUAGGAUUGCUCAUGCUACCUUGAAGGGUCCAAGUGUUGUAAAGGAGAUAAUAAUUGGAAUAACACUCGGUAUAGCUGCUGGUGGUCUCUGGAAGAUGCAUCACUGGAAUGAACAGAAAAAGACCAGGACCUUCUACGAUUUACUGGAAAAGGGUGAGAUUAGUGUUAUUGCGGAGGAAGAGUGA